GAGGAGAGGAGAGACGAAUCUCUGGGGUUCAGAGAGGAGGAGAAGAGAGACGAGUCUCUGGGGUUCAGAGAGGAGGAGAGGAGAGACGAGGCUCUUGGGUUCAGAGAGGAGGAGAGGAGAGACGAGUCUCUGGGGUUCAGAGAGGAGGAAAGAGUGUGUGUGUGUGCGUGUGUUUGUGUUGUUCUGUCUGUCUGAUCCUUUGUGUGUGUUUUUGUGUUCCAGUGGAGCACGAUAAGGAGUUCCUCCCGGUCCGGCGGCACCACAGAGAGUUUCGUUUCGACCUAUCACGUAUCCCCGAUGGGGAAGCAGUCACUGCUGCAGAGUUUCGCAUCUAUAAGGACUUCAUCCACGAGCGCUUUGACAAUGAGACCUUCCGCAUCAGUGUCUACCAGGUGCUGGAGGAACACAACGACAGGUGAGGGAGUGUGUGUGUUUGUUUGUGUGUGUCAGUAUGUUGAAGUGUGCUCCUCUGUUAUGUCACACUUCUAUUCUCCCACCAUUGUUUUCAAAGAUCAGUGAGUAUAUCCAGUCUUUACCAAAGCAAUGUGGAAGGUGUGUGUAACCUAUGCUGUGUAAAGGGCCGGGUCUCUGACCCCUCCUAAAGGCUUCUGCUGCCUGCACAUCACCAGGGGCAACAACACAUUUAUCCCUCUGCCAGGGAAGUGUGUGUGUGUGUGUUUGUGUGUGUGUGUGAACCAGAGCACUAUGACACACUAUCCAACCAGUCAGUAGACCAACACUGGCCUGGGAGGAAUGAUGGAUACUUGAAGAAGAAGGGAUAAAAUAUCAGAAAGGAAAAGAGGAGAAAAAUAUAAAAACAUUCCACUUUAGAACAAUGAUUUAGUUGGACGAGGAUUCUUUCUCUCUCUUUCUUUCUCUCUCUCUCUUUCUUUCUCUCUCUCUCUUUCUCUAUCCUUCUUUCUCUCUCUCUCUCUCUCUCUCUCUGGCUCUCUCUCUGUUUCACUCCCUUAAUUCCAGUGUGUGAUGGACAUUGUGUACAGUAUCCUUCCUUCCUUCCUUCCUUCCUUCCUUCCUUCCUUCCUUCCUUCCUUCCUUCCUUCCUUCCUUCCUUCCUUCCUUCCUUCCUUCCUUCCUUCCUUCCUUCCUUCCUUCCUUCCUUCCUUCCUUCCCUCCCUCCCUCCCUCCCUCCCUCCCUCCCGCUCUUUCUCUUUCUCCAUUGCCCUGAUCUCGCUCCCUCACUUGUUCUACUCCUCAGCUCCACACUUUUUGCACAUAUUUUCGAAGUAUGCAGGCUUGUGUGUGUGUGUGUUUGUCUGUAUCGGUUUGUAUCUGUGUGUGUGUGUGUCUGUGUUUCUUUGCGUAUGUAUUUAUGUCUGGGUCCAAUGUGGGUCUGGCUGUGUAUGUGUGUUUGUUUGUCUCUGUGUUUGUGUGAAUGUUUACUCAUGCAUGCACGUGUGUGUGUAUCUCCUCCAGGGAGUCAGACCUGUUUCUGUUGGACUCGCGGGUCAUCUGGGCAGCUGAGGAGGGCUGGCUGGUGAUUGAUGUGACAUUGACCAGUAACCACUGGGUUCUGAAUCCUGGACGCAACCUGGGCCUGCAGCUGGCUCUGGAGAGCACCGCCGGUAAGCAGAGGGCCUUUGAACCAGGUCCAGCACCCAGAGGGAGCUCUCUAAACCAGAACUUCUAUAUGAGGGGUCAAACCCAAUAAGAACCAGGACCCAUAACCAUGUAGCUUAUCAGAGUAUGAGUACUGAUCUAGGACCAGCUCACCCCUUUCCAUAUAAUCUUUUUAAUUAUGAGACUCUUUAUGUAUAUGGGCCCUGGCCUGGAUUCAUGUAAGAACAGGAGACAGCAUGAGCAGUAUGACCUCAGUGCAUAGCAAUGGCACAUUCUCUACCAUCACACAGCACAGAGAGAACACACUGAUAGAGGGAAAAUACAGUCCCUCAUUAUUUAACACAAUCCACUAUACCCUCAUCAUCACUAUCACCCAUGCAGAAGAGAAUACAACUAACAACAUGUAGUGCAGAUGUAUUUCUAUUGAGUCAAGUUUCUCUUUAGAGCGGAAGAUAAAUUGUUAUCAGGAUGGCAGGAUGUUAGUCAUUUAAAAUCAAUGACAACAACAGCAGUAUCAACAGUAGUACUGUAUGACAGUGUUUUUGAGGAGACUGUUACCUCAGUGAUGAUAGAAGGAUGAUCCAUGUUUCUUUCAUGUUAGGGACAGUGUGUGCGUGUGUGUGUGUGUGUAUGUUGGGAGGGGUAUGGACGGGCAUGUGCUAGCAUGCGCGAGACGUCAUGUCACCGUGGGCUGCGGGCAACCUGAGUUUACCUCCACACUAUGAUCACAGGCACAUUCCUCUGAGUGAACAUCACACACACAUUGGAAGUCUCUCUUUCUCACACACACACAAAUGCGCAGGUUGACGUUUAUUGGGAGUCCUUGAGGCAGAACUUAGCAAUUUCCGCUAGAUAGACCAGCAAAAAUUGUCUAUAUUGUAAAAAUUCAUGAAAACAAAAAUUUGCUUUUGGUCUUAAUUUAAGAUUAGGGUUUGGCAUUAGGGUUAGCAGUGUGAUUAAGUUUAGGGUUAAGGUUAGGGUUAGGUUUAAGAUCAGAUUUUAUGACUUUGUGGCUGUGCCAGCAAGUGACCGCUCUGCAGAGCUGCCGUCAGAACAAUCUUCAUGAUGAAAACACAAACCCUAAACACUGUCAGAUCCAUUGGGAGAGAGUGUUUCUCUUUGAUGUCUGUUACUGCUUUGGUGUUUGCCAUUUCCCAGGUCCAAACACACACAGAGAGAGAGAGAGCGAGAGAGAGAGAGAGACUCAUAUUUGGGAAAACAUCAAUUUUCAUCAUUACACAGACCAAAUAAAUGGUUCUCAUUAGAGACUGAGUGGACCACACACACUUUAGAUACACACACUCACAGAGACACGUCUCUAACACGCUGUCCUCUGUGUCUCCCCCUGCAGGUGAGAGUGUGAACCCGCGGAUGGCAGGGCUGAUCGGCCGCAGUGGUCCUCAGAAUAAACAGCCCUUCAUGGUGGCUUUCUUCAAAGCUACUGAGGUGCACCUGCGCAGCAUCCGCUCAGCACCAGGGGGCACCAAACAACGCAACCCCAAUCGCUCCAAAGGGGCCAACAAGGGCCAGGAGGCACUCCGAGUGACCAACAUCGCA